AUGGACGACCAGGACCAGCUUGCCCGGAAAUACGUGUCUUCAAAACAAACAAACCUAGCUAAAAGCGCAUUGAAACGCAAGAAAGGGUACGAGAGCAACUUGAUCAAGGUUGAAAACCAAAUAGAAACAUUAGAAACGCAGUUGAUAUCGAUAGAGGGCGCCAACUUGAACUUGGAAACAAUGAAGGCCAUGAAGCAGGGAGCCUCUGCAAUGAAGCAAAUACACGGCGAAUACAACGUGGACAAGGUCGAGGACACGAUGGAAGAGAUAAGAGAGCAAGUAGAGUUGGCAGACGAGAUAUCGGAAGCCAUCUCGAGACCAGUGGGCAACGAGUUUGUGGACGAGGACGAAUUAGAUGAGGAGUUGGCAGAAUUAGAGAGAGAAAACAAGGAGGAACAAAAGCAGCAGCAGCAGCAGCAGCAGAAAGUGCCCAAAGCAAAGCAGCCACAGGCUAUACAAAGGGAGGAAGAGUUGCCUUCCUUCCCCACUGUUUCCAAAGCCCAGCCCGUUUCACAAGACGAUGAGGACGAGGAAGCUUUGAAAGCAUUACAGGCAGAAAUGGGGUUAUGA